CGGCGCGGCCGGGGGCGCAGGACGACCACCGAGGCUCAGGGCGGGUGCUGGGGCUCCGGGCCGCCCGCAGGGUGGGCUGCCAACCCCCCGGUGGGUUUAUCACAGGGGACCCGACUGUCCCCACUGUGAGUCCGCCCCGUCAGCCUGGCAGAGCCGAGUGGGUGGCACACACGAGGCGGCGACACGCCGUCGUUUGUCCGUACGCGCCUGGAGAUGUGCUCCUUUCCAUAACGGGGAAUUUUCCUUUCAAGGAUCGUCACAACGAGGAGUGCGAGACACUUCCGUUGGUAGUCUCCCAGAAUUAAGUUUCCUGAGUGCUGUAGGAGGCGGAUUUCUGUCACGUGCAUUUUACCAUGAAUGAGGAGAACGCCGAUGGGACAAAUGGAUGCGGUAAAGUGCGCACUGGCACUCAGAAUGAAGCCGCAUUGCUGGCUCUGAUGGAAAAGACUGGCUACAACAUGGUUCAAGAAAACGGGCAGAGGAAGUUUGGUGGUCCUCCUCCAGGUUGGGAAGGUCCACCUCCCCCUAGAGGCUGUGAAGUUUUUGUUGGAAAAAUACCUCGUGAUAUGUAUGAAGAUGAAUUGGUUCCUGUAUUUGAAAGAGCUGGGAAGAUAUAUGAAUUUCGACUGAUGAUGGAAUUUAGUGGUGAAAAUAGAGGUUAUGCUUUUGUGAUGUACACUACUAAAGAAGAAGCCCAGUUAGCCAUCCGGAUUCUUAACAAUUAUGAGAUUCGACCAGGGAAGUUUAUUGGUGUAUGUGUAAGCUUGGAUAAUUGCAGAUUAUUUAUUGGAGCAAUUCCCAAAGAGAAGAAAAAGGAAGAAAUUUUGGAUGAAAUGAAGAAAGUUACAGAAGGUGUUGUAGACGUGAUUGUUUAUCCAAGUGCAACUGACAAAACCAAGAACCGUGGCUUUGCGUUUGUUGAGUAUGAGUCCCACAGAGCUGCUGCAAUGGCCAGGAGAAAGCUGAUUCCAGGAACGUUUCAACUCUGGGGCCACACCAUUCAGGUCGACUGGGCUGAUCCAGAGAAAGAAGUUGAUGAGGAAACCAUGCAAAGAGUGAAAGUUCUCUAUGUAAGAAAUCUAAUGAUCUCAACUACAGAGGAAACAAUUAAAGCAGAAUUCAAUAAAUUCAAGCCUGGUGCAGUGGAGCGAGUAAAGAAACUUCGAGAUUAUGCAUUUGUUCACUUUUUCAACCGAGAAGAUGCAGUGGCUGCUAUGUCUGUUAUGAAUGGAAAAUGCAUUGAUGGGGCCAGCAUUGAGGUAACACUGGCAAAGCCAGUGAAUAAAGAAAAUACUUGGCGGCAGCAUCUUAAUGGCCAGAUCAGCCCAAAUUCUGAAAACCUGCUUGUAUAUGCUAACAAAGAAGAGAGUCACUCCAAAGCUCUAGGCAAGCCGCCAACUCUUCCUACUCGUCUCAACGGUCAGCAUAGUCCAAGCCCCCCUGAAAUUGAAAGAUGUACUUAUCCUUUUUUUCCUGGAACAAAGCUUACCCCAAUUAGUAUGUAUUCUUUAAAAUCCAAUCAUUUCAAUUCUGCAGUGAUGCAUUUGGAUUAUUACUGCAACAAAAAUAAUUGGGCACCACCAGAAUAUUAUUUAUAUUCAACAACCAGUCAGGAUGGAAAAGUACUCUUGGUAUAUAAGAUAGUUAUUCCUGCGAUUGCAAACGGAUCCCAGAGUUACUUCAUGCCAGAUAAACUCUGCACUACACUGGAAGAUGCAAAGGAGCUGGCGGCCCAGUUCACGCUGCUUCAUCUGGACAGGGAACACAGUCUCUUCAGCCUGGACCUGUGUAGAAGAAUUUGGAGAAAAUAAGCAGGUCCUUUCUGAUGUUGCUUGAGCUUAUUCUCCUGCAGUUGGUCUCAGUCCUGUUCGUUAAACAUUAAGUCCCAUGACAACAUUAAGUUGAUGCUCAUGUGUUAAUAGGUCUCAUAGUGAAUGAUACUGGAGGGGGAAAGCUUGACCUGUACAUUAAAUGACCCUAUUCCAUUUCUUCCAUUCCAUCAAUACCACAACUUUUAUACAUGAUCAUUUUUACAGUUGCAGCCACCACUUUGACUUACACUAGAUUAAAGAGCAUAGUUGAGUUUUUGGAAAGUACAGGAUCUACAAAUUUGGUCAAUAAAAUACACACAUACAGAAUUACUAUAAUUAAGGAAGCAGGAAAUUAUUGGUACAUAAGAUGAAUGUUUGUUUGAAAUUAAUAUUUCAAAUAUAAUUGUUUUAAAAUUUGGUUAAUUUUGGAUAUUUUUCUAUACUAUUAAGUUGAUAAUGGUUGUUGAAGUUCAUUUGGUAGAGAUGAUUCAUUUUCCUGUUUUGUGUUACCAGUGAGAAUCUAAUGUUAAAUUGAUGUGUUUGGUUAUAUGAGUGUUUGUGCCAGCCUUUAAAUAAUGAAAUUUUGGACAGUUAGUUUGUACCAGAAGUCCAGGGGCAGUGUUUAUGCUGGUUUGAUGCCUAAUUUAGUUUAAAAAAAAUGAAACUGAAUUUGCUGUUCUAUUUUUCCCCUCAUGAUAAACUUGGUGUCAAAACCAAAUUUAAAGAAGCUUCUUUGUUGAUUAAAGAGAAAUCAGAGGUUCUCUUUUUCUGCAUUAGAAAGAAAAAGGUGCCCACGGAUGCACUAUAGUAACACCUUUGAAGCAGUGCUGUCAGUUAAGGAAAGAGUCCUGACUUGAUGUAACUGUUAGUGUUUGCACUGCAGUGAUUGUAAUCCACCAUCAUUACAGUAUCAUCAGGUAUCUAAAUGUUAGAACAUUAUGUUAAAAUGUGAUUGUCGUCUGAAUGUUUUGUCUCUUGAAUUAAAUUUGUGUCCACAAAGAUGUGCAGCAUAAUUGUUCAUAUAUUUAUUUACAGACUACAAUUUCCGUCGCAGCUCAAUAAAUAGUCUUUCCCCUGUUAGUGCUACCCUCUCUUCUGGGACUCCCAGCGUGCUUCCUUAUACUUCAAGGCCUUACUCUUAUCCAAGUUAUCCCUUGUCACCAACAAUAUC